AUGGACGUUUCUCCUCCUCUCCUCAACUGCAUCACACAAAACUCCUGGAGCUGUCCGAGCUCGGACUCGGAAUUCUACAAUUCAAUCUCAUCUCCCGAAGCCGUGUCUCCAAUCUCCUAUAUGGACUUCUCUCCUUCGGCCCAACCACAGAAUGGUUCAUCUCCACCCCAUUCGGGGCACCCCAGAGGUGCCAAAGCUCCUGAAGAAGCUGGACGUUCUCGUGUUGGGACCAGAAGGACGCGGUCGAAGAACCCGAGCAAGCAGAGACAGAGCGCCAGCGAGAAGGAAAAACUCAGAAUGAGAGAUUUGACGAAAGCUCUUCAUCACCUCAGGACUUAUUUACCUCCCUCGGUGGCGCCUGCCGGUCAGACCCUGACGAAGAUCGAGACCCUUCGCUUGACCAUUCGCUACAUCUCAUACCUCUCAGCUCAGCUCGGUCUCAGCGAAGACACUCUGUACAAGAUGAAAGACACAAGAAGAUCUGAAUACCAAGAGUCGCCUCAAAAUCUGACCGAAGGGUUUUGCUGUUACAAUUCAACGCCAGAAUACUGGGCACUUGGAGAUUCGGCUCAACUGUCUCAAAACACCUUCAGACAAGAACAUGUCUUGAGGAAAACAGAAGUGGACCUGAAUCAAGUUUGCAUGAGCGGUGACAUGCCGGUAUAUGAUGACUCUCUCAACUCCAGCUUGGAGUCUCUGCUGGAUCAUCCUUCAUAUGCAAACACAGCUUUGACAUGCCAGAGUUAUGGAAAAGCCGUCCACUGUCCGAGCAUAGCACCAGAAUUCUGGGGAUAA